CUCGUACGAUACGAUAAUGGUCCUAACAGUGCAUGCAACUCGCCAAUCGUCAUCGUCUUAUCUAAUAUCCAGAAUUAUCUUCUACCCUCUCUUCUCUCUAAAAAGUAAAAUAUUAUUUUCUUUGUAAAAUCAUCAUAACAAAACAUUCCAAGAACUAAGCUACAAUCUACACUUUUACAGGCAUUCUGCCUUGAGAAGACUCUCUGGUAUGUUUUAAGGAUCUCUUGUAAUUUUCCUGAUUUUCGGUUUUAUAUUGUUUUGGGGCUAAAGGGCUCGAACAUGGAUAAUCAUCAAUUUAUGGUCAAUUAUAGAACAAUAGGCCGACAUAGACAAGCAGCAGUUGGGUUUGUUUAAAAUUUAACAAUUAUCUGAUAAAAAGUUCUGUUUUAGUUCAACAAGAAUUGAUUAUUUGUGUUAGAACUUGGAAAAUCUACCGUAUGAGACUGAGAGAAUAAAAAAAGAAGAAGCCAUUUAGUAGAGUUUGUGUUUCUGUGUUAGCUUCAACAAGAUCAUUGCGUUUUUCUUUUUUCUUUUUCGGGGAUUUUAAGAAUCUAUUUCCUAGGGGUUUCUGUUAUCAAAUUCUGACUAUUUCUUCUACUAAUUUUCCCUAUUUUUAGUCACCAACCUUUCUUCUUGCUCAGCCACUGGUCUUUUGUUAAUUCUUUUUCAUUAUUAGCCUGUUUAGCCUCUCUCUGGUUUUGACAAACCAUGAGGCCAAACGCUGUCACAUCCAGUGUAGAAUUUCCAAACCAUGUCCUUCAAGCCUUCAGUCCUUCAGUCCAAUCCUCCCUCUUUUUCCCCUCUUCUUCUAUCAAAAGAUGCGAAAGGGUUCAAUUUUUCAAUCCUUUCAUGUCUAGAAAUUUCUUCAAGUCUCGUUUUUUUGAGAAGACUCUCUCAAGAAGCCAUACAAUUACGAUUACGCGAUCUUGCUGUUCAAAUUUGGAUAAAAUUUUUCACGAAGAUCGGUUAGGCAAAGGAUUUGGUGUAUGGGUUGGUGGAGAGAACGAAGGACAUCAAGGAACCAAGCGGCAUUGUACAAUCCCGGAAAGAAACUCUUUUGAUAAUGAAUUUGGAAUGGAUGGAAAUUCGUUUUCCCCAUCUCAAUUUUAUUUCUUGGAGCCUAUGAUGCUCGGUAUAAGGCCAGAUCCACCGGUUUGGCCAGAACGGGAGGCUGUUUUACGGGCAAUUAUUGAACACAAGGCAAAGAGUUUUGAUCUCCCCGUAUCCUUGAGGAUGAUAAAGAAGAAAUUGCGAGGGGAUGAGGGCUUUAUGGAUUCUAGAGAGUCAGCAGUGAAAAAGGCAUUCACUUCAAUGGUAAGCAUCAUAGUUGAGUUACAGAGCUAUGCAUUAGGGAUGAGAGAAGAGUUAUGCCUUGAAGAUUUAGAGAUGAUUAAGGGUAAGGUCCAGAAAGAAAUGCAUUCAUCAUUUGUAUGGCUGUUUCAUCAAGUUUUGUCAAGAACGCCAUCUUUGAUGAUUUAUGUAAUGGUCGUUUUAGCAAAUUUUAGUGUCUACUCUGCUUCCCAUAAUGUUUCUUUUGCGGCACCCUGUGGAUUAUUAAUUGAAGAAAAACAAACUGGACAUUAUCCACGAAUUGAAUCAUCAAUAGAGACAAUUUUGGUUAAGGAAGAUAGAUAUGUAGGAAACAUUGGUGGAAAGAUGGAAAUUGGCAAUUCACCAGGGAGCAGUGAGCAGGAUUUGAGAAGUGCAGAAGAGGAGAACUUGUGGGAUUCCGUGGUGGAUGAAGCAACAAAGAUGCAAUCGAGUUUGAAUGAUGAAGUUCUUGAUCACGACAUGGUGCAACAUUUUGUUUCCCCGGUGUUUGUGCAGCUCGAAUCUGAUGAAUAUGUGGACUAUCUUAGGACUGAUCUUUUAUACCAGAUGCACUUGUCUAGGGAGCCAAAUAAUCCACUUCUGCUUUGCAACUAUGCUCAAUUCUUGCACGUUGUUGCACAUGAUUAUGCAAGGUCCGAGGAGUGCUACAAGCGGGCAGUUCAAGUGUUACCACCAUAUGCAGAGUCCCUGAGCCAGUACGCCAACUUUUUAUGGACAGUAAGGAGGGACUUCUGGGGAGCAGAAGAAAGAUUUCUUCAAGCGUUGGCUGCUGAGCCUGAUAAUUCUUAUUAUGCUUCUAGAUAUGCCAAUUUCUUGUGGAGCACUGGCGGGGAAGAAACCUGUUUUUCCUCUCGACAAUUCCCAUAGCAGCACAAGAAGUUCAAACUUGUAGAGAAAUGGUGUAGCGGACGGCCUGGUUAUCAUAACAUCGUA